AAGCUAGUUUGAAGAAUGGAGAAAUAUCCUCGAGCUCGUGAAUUUCUUGGGCAAUUAUGCCAAAACGACCAAGUAAUGUCUCAGUUCGAAGAGGAGAUCAAGAAGAAAAAUGAAAUGAGCGUUGAAGAAAAUGAGAUUCGCCCGAAGAUGGUGGAGCUUAUGUUGGAUCUACAUCUAGCCAAACUGGGUGCCGCCAACAUGGAGACGAAUGGGGAGACGCUUGAUAAGGCGUCUACCUUGAUGCAGAACGUUCACUUUCAGGCAAUGCGAAUCGAGCAACAGCUCGACGAGGUUGGUUUGCCGGACAUAGCUACCAACGCGAUGAAGCUGAAACAGGAGCAAGCUCAAGCCAAGUUGGCACUCCUUUUGGAGCAGAGUGCCGAGGAGGAGCAGCAGCAGGCAACUCUUGAAUCCCGUAAUAUCGUGAAGGAAUUUCGCCUUGAGAUGGAUUCCAAAAAAGAGGAGGAAAAUAAGCUUAUCGACGUUAAAGAGGAACUAGACCAGGUAAAUCAAGAACUGGAAUCUACGAGCAAAGAAAUGACGGAUAAUCUUAACAAGAAGAUAGUGGCUGUAAUACAGCUUAGCAAGCGUAUCACUAAUUUGCAUACACAAUUGAAACAAAAUGCUAUCGAUGGAUAUGUUAAACAGCGUUUGAAUAAAAAUGAAGUCUUUGCCACCAAACCAACGAUGCUCGCUAGUCAACCACCACCGACACAGCUUCUAGUAAAUUUAUCUAACGGCAGCGGGACAUCACUUUAUUCCGCUAAAGACUUUUUCAGUAACAUUAUACUGACAAAAGCCAAACAGGAUAAGAACAAAAGCAAGGACAGCAAAGAUGAAACGGACCCACCGCUUCGAUCGAUUUUAGUUCAACGCAAAAGAAAGAAUUCCGAUCCCUUUCCUAUUUCCUCGACAAAGCGUGUUCGAUUUGGGUCGGAGGAGGUCCGAGUUAUAGAUUUUGAAUCCGAAGAAGAGAGUUAUUUUUCUGAUUCCGAAAUGCUGAAGAUGCCAGAAGAAGAAUCGGAGGAAUCAGAAGAUUUAAAAGAGCAGGAAUCAGAAGAAGAAUCCGUCGGAGAUUCGGAACAAGAAGUUGAUGAGGAUUCGAACGUAGAAUUUGAGACAGAUAGCGAGGAGCAGGGAACAGAGUUCAAUGGUUUAGAAGAUGAACCAAAAGUGGAGAAUGUUCUAGAAAUCUCGGAUCCUGAACAAGAAAGAUCUCAACACAAAUUAGUAUCAGGGUCACCUAAAUCGGGAUCAGACGGUAAUGAUUCAAAUGGAGAAACAUCAGAAGAGGACAAGGCAAAAGAGGACAAAAUUGGAGAAAAAGUCGCAGCUGAACUAGAGCAGCAAAAAACGACUGCGAUUGAGACGCAGCAGCUGGCUUCCAAACGCGAAAGACCAGAAAUAAUCAGCGUGGAUAUUAUAUCUAAUAUCCAAAAUAUGACCUUGACAGACAUCGAUAACAUACCUAGCACCUCAAAGGGCGUUCGCAAUCACUAUACAUCUAGUCAGUUAAAUAAAUAUGUCACAUUUGUGGAUGAUAACAAAGCCCCAGAAAUCAAAAAACUCAAAUUGGACGACGAGAUGUUCCCAACGACCCAACCUCUGCCUGAUCUCUUUAAGAAACCAUCGACGGCUUGGAAGGAAAAUGAGGACGAAUCUCUGCAAUUUGAGAACAACGACUCGCAAUCUCUACAAUUUGCGUCUCCCGAAUGCGAAAUGAGUGAUGAUUAUCUGCUUAACUUCAGCGAUAAUGAUAAUGAUGAUGGGUCUGCUGGCGGCCCGUACAUUCUAUAAUAGCCAUGAAAAGCAAAAGACUUAAAACCUUUUUAUCAUCAAACAAAUACUCUAUAAAAUACUUCAUUAAAAGGUUUUUUAAAUUAAACUUUAGUUGGCAAUCUUGAAAAACAAAAUGAAACCAAAGGAAACUGAAGGUGCUUACAUUGUGAAAACGGCUUAAAGCUUAAUCAUUUGAAAUAAAUAAAUUUGUAAACAA